CCCCAUUGCUGCAAGCAUCAUUGUAGUGGAAGAGUCUGAACAGCAAAGAGCGGAGGAUGAUCACGCUAUCUGUGCUCUGUGUUCUCCUUUACACAGCCUAUGGAGCUCUGCUGUACGCUGAACCAGGACAGAAUGUGACUUUGCCGUGUUUCCUAAACUCCAGUAUCAAUCAGUUGAGCUGGUACAAGCAAAAUGCAGGGGAUCCACCUCAAAUCAUAUCCACUAUCUAUAAACUAAAACAAACUUCUAACAAAUUUUACAACCAGUUUAAAGACAGCAAACGGUUUUCAGUUCAGACUGGAGAAGGAUUCUAUCAUCUGAUCAUAUCUGGAGUCCAGGACUCAGAUUCAGCGAUGUAUUACUGCGGACAAACUAUGAUCUCACACACUGAAUUUAGAGAAGGAAUAUUUCUAGUUUUCAGAGGGUCUGGUGUCAGGUCUUACAUCGAGCAGCCAGCCUCAGACACGGUGAAGCCAGGAGGCUCGGUAACCCUGCAGUGUUCAGUACGUAACGGCACCUGUGAUGGAGAUCACAGUGUUUACUGGUUCAAGAAGGAUUCAGGCACCAAGAACUCUCCAUCAGGAAUCAUUUACAUCAACUCUAACAGCAGCCAGUGUGGACAAAACCCUAAGUCUGAAGGCCCUGAACAGAGAUGUGUGUACAGUUUGUCAAAGGGGAGAGUGACUGAGUCUGAUGCUGGGACGUACUACUGCGCCGUGGCUCACUGUGGAGAUAUUCUGUUCGGGACUGGAACCAGACUGGAUGUGGACCAAGGGAAAGAAAACGUCUUGAUCUUGAUGUAUUGUGUGGCAGCUGCUCUGCUCGUGUCGAUCAUCUUCAAUGUUGUCCUUCUCUGUAUUUUGUGCAAAACAUCCAAGAGGAAACUCCUUCAACCAGAAGAGCUGCAGACCCCGUCCAGUGACCAGAUCUUCACUGCUGACAGUCAGACUCCAGAUUUGGACUCUCUGCAGUACGUAGCUCUGGACUUUAAGAGGGUCCAAAACAAGAGCAGGAGACAGAGGAGCACCGAGGAGGAGACCAUCUACUCUGCAGUGAGACCGUCAACGUAAAACCACUUUUUACUCAUUUACAGUGCUUCAAAAAUGUAUUAGACCACCUGUCAUAUUUGUCUC